AUGGUAGCAGCUUUCGUGCACCUAAAAGGGUUGGACAUUAGGAAAAACUUCCUGCCUGUCGGGGGGGUUCCACGCUGGAAUCAGUUGCCUGGGGAGGCUGUGGAGUCUCCUUCCCUGGAGCAUCUCACUGCGCAGAGCCGUGCCCUCUCCUGGGGCAUCUCCCUCCCCGCCGGGCUGUGCCAGGAUCUCAUCUCUGUGUUGCUGCUUUCAGAGCAGGAGGAGGCAGAGGGGCGACCCCGGGGCUCCCUGUGGGCACGGUGCCUGCAGGGCCUGGCAGCAGUGUCCACCCACCCUGGGAUCGUGCGGGAGACCGUCCCUGUGCUGCUGCAGUGUCUGCGCCAGGUGCCGAGAGGCAGCAUGCCAGCGGACGCCUGCGACGUGGUGGCCGUGUGCCAGAGCCUGCGGCGGGUGGCGGUGCAGUGCCAGUCGGAUGCUGAGAGCUGCUGGUACUGCCACCAGACCGUGGUGCCCUGCCUGCUUGCUGUGGCCGUGCAGGCUGCCGUGCAAGGUGAGCCCCGUUCCGUGGGGCAGGUGUGUAGAUGGCAGCAGGACUCGGGUGAUCCAGUGUCUGGGGAGGGAACAGAAGCCCUGGCUGGGGGCUGA